ACGGUCAGACUGAUCAGCGAACGCUUCGUGUGGCCUAAAAUGAACUCUGACAUUCGGAGAUGGGCACGAGAAUGUAUCCAAUGCCAAUGCUCCAAAGUACACCGCCACACUAUUACAACCCCGAAGACGUUUGAAUUACCCGAAAGGAGAUUUCAGCAUAUCCAUAUAGAUAUCGUGGGACCAUUGCCAACAUCAAGGGGAUAUACACAUAUCCUGACAGCGAUUGAUAGAUUUACUCGUUGGGCUAUUGCAUGCCCCUUAAACGACAUAUCUGCUGAAAACGUUGCUUUAGUUUUUCUCGACCGUUGGGUGUCAAACUACGGUGUACCAACUACUAUUACAUCCGACCGCGGUCCUCAAUUCCAAUCGACACUCUUUCGCGAACUGACGAGACUUCUGGGAGUGAAACAUAUCUCCACAACAGCCUAUCAUCCGGCAGCGAAUGGUCUAGUGGAAAGAUUCCACAGACAACUGAAAAGCUCCCUGAUGGCGCAGAAUGAUACAUCUAAGUGGAGUGAAUACUUACCUUUGAUUUUACUUGGUAUCCGUUCUACUAUCAAAGAAGAUUUAGGAUGUACACCGGCUCAACUUGUCUAUGGCACCAACCUAACCUUGCCUGGACAGCUAGUCCCCUCAGCCGAUUCCACAGACGUGAACAUUGCCGACUUCACUAACCGAUUAACUAGACAAAUGCUUCAACUUCAACCAACAGCACCUCGACAAUCUCCCCGACGAGAUCAGAUCAACAAACAUCUACAAACUUGCAAAUUCGUCUUCAUUCGAGUCGACGCCAUCAGAAAAGGAUUGCAACCUCCAUACGAAGGACCCUUUCAAGUUAUUAAACGUUCAGACAAACACUUUACAGUGAACAAGAAUGGAAGACGAGAGACUGUUUCAAUUGAUCGAAUCAAACCCGCAUACACCGACAACGACUUCGAAUCUACAUCGGCAGCUGCGCAAUCAAAUAAUCAAACAUCCGAUUCCACUCCACCGGCACCAAGUCUUAUCCUCCCUCCAUAUCAAACACGUAGUGGUCGGCAAAUCAGUAAACCGGCUCGCUACGUUCAUUUUGAGGACUAACAAAAGAAAAAUAAUUAAAAAUUAUUAUUAUCUUUUUCGUUUAGACAUUA